AUAAAUAAAUAAAUAAUAAUGAUAAUAAUUAUUAAAUGAAUGUAUCUUAAUGGUGUUAACAUUUUACAAGAUAUAGAUGAAUGUUCCUCGAAUCCAUGCAUGCAUGGAGGUUCAUGUGUUGGCGGUGAAAAUGGCUAUACUUGCAUAUGCAACGACGAUUUCUUUGGGAAAAGAUGUGAGACAGACGCCAAGUGCAACUUUGAAAAUAGAUCACGAUGCAUAUGGCAAAACGUUGUGGUUGGUGAUGAUUUCGACUGGAUUAUUCAUCAGUCUGCAACCCCUACUGAUGACACAGGUCCAAACGCAGAUCACACGUUUAGAAAUGCGACCGGACAUUAUAAUUUUAUUGAAACGAGUGCACCGAGAGCGACGGAUAAUAUUGCAUUGUUCCGAAGUCCACCGCUACAAUCGUUGCAUCAAGCGAUUUGCUUGCAGUUCUGGUACAAUAUGUACGGAGAAAGUGUAGGAAAGCUCGCAGUUUCUGUUGCUUAUAACGGGACAUUACCAGGCAGUGAAAUUUGGGCAAAGACAGGGAAUCAGGGACCUGAUUGGCAAUUUGGACGGGUCACAAUUAUCUGUAGUUGGACUUUUCAGAUAACGUUCCAAGGAGUCGUUGGUGACGGAUAUCUUGGAGAUAUCGCUAUUGACGAUAUUUCGUUUGUGAAUGGCCAGUGUUUUCCAACUACCAAUACGGGUGCCCCUCGUUCAAGUGCAACUAUUAGACCAUUAACUUCAGCUUCAAACGUGGGAAUCGGUUGUUAUGGAAAUCCGUGUGGAAGAGGGGUUUGCUACGUUCAUCUGAACGAGUACUUAUGUGACUGCCCUUCAGGUUUCGAAGGAAAAAACUGUAACAUAGCAGAUAUCGAUGAAUGCCGGUCACAUCCGUGUAAAAAUGGCGCGAUCUGUUUAGAUGGCGUCAACAACUAUUCCUGUCAUUGUACAACGGGUUUCACGGGGCAAAAUUGCGACACUGCCAUCGACCACUGUGCAAGUAUACCAUGCAAAAAUAACGGACAUUGUACUAACACUGGUUCUACCUUCAAAUGUGAAUGUCGCCUUGGGUAUUCUGGACAAGACUGUUCAUAUGAGCAUGGCCUGAAAUGUUUUGGAUGUCUGAGUCAGUCAAGUAAAGAGGUGUGUACUGCGGUGACAACCUGUGGAUCUGGUGAGUCCUGCUUCAUCGGAGCUUACCAAGAUGUGAAUGGCUCCACGAAAUUCAAUAGCGGCUGCACACAAACAUUGGAGUGUCAUUCCUCGACUGGUGAAUAUUGUAGACAUUGCUGUAAUACCGACUUCUGUAACGACCAGGGAUGCGGAAUCAAAGGGUAUUCAGCACGAAGUCAAAGAGGACCACUAUGUUUUGACUGCGAUGAUAUGAUGGACAUAUCUUUCUGCAAAAGAGUGACACAAUGUCAAAGCGAUGAGAUAUGCACAUCAUACAGAGACCAGUACAUGCAUUUUGACAGCAAGUGUAUUUCCAGUCAAAGUAGGUGCAGUGUUUCUGGGGAUGAGUACUGUCAGAAGUGUUGCGCCGAUGACUUCUGUAACGGGAAUUGUGCCACAGCUGGAGUCGUUGGGUAACAAAUGCGGAUAUUUGUCUCGUCAGCUUGUAGACAAUUUAUGGAUUAUAUUUAAUACUGUGUGAUAUUCAAUAAAUGUUUUGUUCUUGCAUGUGUUGUUAAAAGCGUAUGCACAUUUUUUUUAAAUUUCAUCUUUUUUCAUUGACAUAUAAAAUUAUGAUGCUGCUGUUCCUGGAAUCAUUGUUAAUGCUGUCAUUAAUUUUGUCCUCUUUAACUGAAACUUUUUAUAACCAAGACUACGUAUACAAGACUAUAUAGAUAGUGUAGAAAUAAAAUGGCAAGUAUU